AUGGAGCUGGAGCGGAUCGGUGAGACCGGAGGGGCCGGGGGGGGCUUCGGGAGGGGCCGGUGGCCGUUCAGGCCGGACCCGUUCCAGCAGCGCGCGGCGCUGUGCCUGGAGCGCGGCCACUCGCUGCUGGUGGCCGCUCACACCUCGGCCGGCAAAACCGCGGUGGCCGAGUACGCCAUCGGGCUGGCCCGGCGCCACAUGACACGGUCCAUCUACACCUCUCCCAUCAAGGCUUUGUCCAACCAGAAGUUUCGGGAUUUCCGCGCCACCUUCGGGGACGUGGGGCUGCUGACGGGGGACGUGCAGCUGCGCCCCGAGGCCGCCUGCCUGGUGAUGACCACCGAGAUCCUCAGUCGCACCAAGCGCCGCUGUGUCCGGGUGUUGAGCACGCCGCGGCGCCCGGUGCCGCUGGAGCAUUUCCUGUUCACCGGGAACAGCGCCCGGAACCGGCACCAGCUGUUCCAGCUGCUGGGCCCGGGGGGGGCCUUCAGCACCCAGGGGUACUACGCGGCGGUGGAGGCCAAGAAGGAGCAGAGCAGCAAACACGCGCAGAGCUUUGGGGCGCGGCAGCCCACCAUGGGCGCCCCCAACCCCGGGCAGGAGCGCGGCGUGUGGCUGUCGCUGCUGCAGACGCUCCGCGAGCGGGAGCUGCUCCCGGCCGUCACCUUCACCUUCUCGCGGGGCCGCUGCGAGGAGCAGGCGGCCGCUCUGGGCUCCCUGGAGCUGCUGAGCGGCGCCGAGCGCGCCCAAGUGCGGCAGUUCCUGACGCGCUGCCUCGCCCGGCUGCGCGGCUCCGACCGCCGCCUGCCCCAGGUGCUGCAGCUGUCGGAGCUGCUGCAGCGCGGGAUCGGCGUCCACCACGGCGGGGUCCUGCCGCUGCUCAAGGAGGUGGUGGAGAUGCUCUUCAGCCAGGGGCUGGUGAAGGUGCUGUUUGCCACCGAGACCUUCGCCAUGGGGGUGAACAUGCCGGCGAGGACCGUCGUCUUCGACUCCAUCCGCAAACACGACGGGAACGGCUUCCGUGACCUCCUGCCCGGCGAGUACACGCAGAUGUCGGGGCGCGCCGGCCGCCGCGGGCUGGACGCCACCGGCACCGUCAUCAUUCUCUGCAAGGGAGCCGUGCCCGAGCUGUCGGAUCUGCACCGCAUGAUGCUGGGCCGGCCGUCGCCGCUGCAGUCGCGGUUCCGCCUGACGUACCCCAUGAUCCUGCUGCUGCUCCGCGCCCCGGCCCUGCGCCCGCACGACCUCAUGCGCCGCAGCUUCGCCGAGUUCCCGCUGCGCCGCGACGCCACGGCCCAGACCCGUCGCGUGGCCGCCCUGCGGGAGGCUCUGGGGGCUCUGGGGGACCCCGAGGUGACAGAUGGGGGUGACAGCGGGGACAUGGCGGACCUGGCGCAGUAUCACCGCGCCGUGCAGGGGCUGCGCCGCGCCCGCGCCGUGCUGCAGGUGACCCCCGGGGGCUCCGGCCGCACUUGGACCACGCUGGUGCUGAGCGAGAAGCCCCCCAAAAGUGGGGAGGAGCCCCCCAAAAGUGGGGAGAAGCCCCCCCAGGACGUGCCGUACCCCGAGGAUCUGCUGCUCACCCGCCUCUUCCUGCCCGAGGGCCCCCCCGGGCACUGCCUGGAGCAGCUGCGCCCCGAGGACAUCGUGGGGGUCACGGCCAAGACCCUGCGGGUGAACCCCGAAAUUCUGCUGCAGGAGCUGCGGCCCCCCAAGGGACCCCGGCCCCGAUUUGGGUCUCUCCCCACAGAUUUGGGUCUCUCCCCACAGAUUUGGUACGCCCAGUUUGCGGCCAGGCAGGAGCUGCUGCAGCAGCUGGAGGAGCUCCAGUUCCAGCUGUCGGAUCAGUCCCUGCUGCUGCUGCCGGAGUAUCACCAGCGGCUGGAGGUGCUCACAGAGCUGGGGUACAUCUCGGGGGGCGCGGUGGCGCUGGGGGGCCGCGUGGCCGCGCUGCUGAGCGCGGAGCAGCUGGUGCUGACGGAGCUGCUCCUGGGGAACGUCCUGGCCCCGCUGCGGCCCGAGGAGAGCGUGGCCCUGCUCUCCUGCCUCGUCACCCCCGGCCGCAGCGGGGACCCCCGGCCCGAGGGGCUGCCCCCGGCCCUGGAGGAGGCCCUGCAGCGCCUGCAGGCCGUCGCCGCCCGCGUCGGCCGCCUGGAGCAGCAGCACGGCCUCGGGCCCGGCCCCGACGACUUCGUGGCCCAGUUCGGCUUCAGCCUGGUCCAGGUGGUCUACGAGUGGGCCAGGGGCAUGCCGUUCGCGGAGAUCGCGCGGCUGGCGCCGGUGCAGGAGGGGACGAACCGGCUCCGGGACGAGGGCCGUGUCCGGUUCCUGCACCUGGGGCUGGGCCCUGACGCGCUGGGCGUGGUCAGCCUGGAGCUCUACCGGGAGAAGGCGCUGGCGGCCGUGGCCGGGACCCCCCGGGAGGGGCUCGUCCGGCGUUUCCUGGACGUGGCCGUGGCCGGGACCCCCGAGCUGAGCCUGGAGCAGCAGCGGAUGAGAGAGCUGGGGUUCGGGGACCGGGAUGUGACGGCUCUGGUGGCCGCGGGGCUCCUGACCGUGCGCGACGCCGGGAGCUGGUGGCUGGCGGUGCCGGGAGCCGGGCGCUUCGUGCGGGCUCUGCUGCGCGGCCGCGCCUCCACCGCCAUCGCCGCUUUAAGGGCAGGUUCCGCCCCCCGGCACGUGACGCGCGGCGCUUCCGGUGCCUCUUAA